GACGGCCUGUUUUUGAUUGGCUAAUCUGCCAUUGCGUUCUUAGCGAAUAAGAGAGUGGUCGUUUUGUCUAUAUCACGGAGAGCUCGGGGUGUAACGUUUAUUUCGGAGUUGUUAGAACAGAUUUGAGUAUCAAGAUGAGUGGCAGAGGAAAAACCGGCGGAAAAGCUAGAGCUAAGGCUAAGACUCGUUCAUCCAGGGCUGGACUUCAGUUCCCCGUGGGACGUGUGCACAGGCUUCUACGUAAAGGCAACUAUGCCGAGCGCGUCGGUGCCGGCGCUCCGGUCUACCUGGCCGCAGUGUUGGAGUAUCUGACCGCUGAGAUCCUGGAGUUGGCCGGUAACGCCGCCCGUGAUAACAAGAAGACUCGUAUCAUUCCCCGCCACUUGCAGCUCGCCGUGCGUAACGACGAGGAGCUGAACAAACUGCUCGGCGGAGUGACCAUAGCUCAGGGUGGUGUGCUGCCCAACAUUCAGGCUGUGCUUCUGCCUAAAAAGACCGAGAAGGCCGUCAAGACUAAGUAA